UAUUUGACAAUUUUAACACAUGACAGUUGUCACAUUUGAGUAUUAUUUUGACGUUUCCUUUUAAAGUUUGUUUUUUCUGAUGUGGCCAAAAUUGAUAAUCAUUCAGAAAAAAUAAUAGCAAUUAAUUUAAAUCCGUUAUGUCUUGAUGUAAAAGUUUUCGGGGUAUAUGUAUUUCCUGAAUUUUAGUUGUAGAUAUAAGGGUAAUAAAAAAUGGCGUAUCAAACGCUGAGAAACGAAUAUAUGAAUACACCCCCUAUUACUAGGGCUUAUACAACAGCCUGUGUAAUAACAACUUUGGCUGUGCAUUUGGAGUUGGCGUCACCAUUUCAGCUUUAUUUUAACCCCAUAUUAAUACUUAAGGGUCAGAUAUGGAGAUUAGUUACUACGUUUUUAUUUUUUGGGACAUUUGGAUUUAAUUUCUUUUUUACAAUGAUAUUUACAUACAAAUAUUGUAGAAUGCUGGAGGAAGGUUCGUUUAGGAACAGAUCGUCAGACUUCUUGUUGAUGUUCUUAUUUGGAGCUACGUUAAUGAUUAUUUUUGCCUUUUUUGUAAACUUGUUAUUUUUGGGUCAAGCUUUCACUAUAAUGUUGGUAUAUGUAUGGUCCAGAAGGAACCUUUAUGUGAGGAUGAACUUCUUUGGGUUAUUAAAUUUUCAGGCACCAUAUUUACCCUGGGUAUUGGUUGCAUUUUCCGUCUUACUAGGAAAUGCUGUAUAUGUAGAUUUGAUGGGUAUAGCUGUAGGUCAUAUUUAUUAUUUCCUGGAAGAUGUGUUUCCUAAACAGAGAGGGGGAUUUAAAAUUCUCAAAACUCCUGCUAUACUUAAAUUUCUUUUUGAUGAAUGGCCUGAAAAUCCAGCUUACCAAAGACUGCCUGAGGAUAAUCCUGGUGGAUUUGAUUGGGGCAAUGAAGAAAACAGAAAUCCACAACAAAAUGAAGAGAAUGGAGAUAAUCGUCAAAAUGAAGAAAUAAAUAAUCAGUGAAGAAUUAUAUAUGUUUCAUAUUGUAUUAUAAAUUUUCUUGUUUUUGUAGUUAUUAAGUAACACUUCUUAUUAACAGGGGCCUUUUUUUUAAUCUUUCAGUUAUUUACCACCACAUUAGUAUGAGUUAAUUAUUAGAGCAUAAUAUAUUAUAUACUGAACUGACACUGUCAUUCUCUAUUUGGACAGACUAUAGUCAAGUAAAACGCAUGGAAUGUUCAGCCAUUGUUCAACGUCACUUACCAACCAGAUGAAAGAGAUUGGUAAUGUCAUUACGGCAUUUCGUAAAUCACUGCAUAUUCUUUUUAGUAAUUGUCAUUUGAUUUGAGGUUAUAAUUUUAUCGACCGACAUCGAUCAAUGUUAAAAUUAAAAUUUGAUUAUUUCUGUAAAACAAAAUUCAAUUUUUUUAUUGCAAAAAUGCUUCAAAGAUUUAACCAAAAUGAACAAGGUGUAAUAUUUCUAUGCAUAAUACAAAUUAAUAGCGUUUUUAACCCAGAUAUUACUGAAACUUUUUAUUACUGAAAAAUUUUUCCUUAUAAAAAUUUAGAGACGUUUUAGAUAAGCUAUUUGAAACACUUUUUUCUUAUAAAUAUUUUUAUUUUAGAUAAAAGAUUUAGAGAUAGUAGGUGUAUGUUUAAACGGACGACGGUAGGAACUAGGACUACUUUUACAACUUAACCAAAUGUGGAUAUACAAUUUGUUUUUACAUUGAAAUGACAACAUAAAAGUAAACAAAAUUG